CUUGUCAAAAUUCCUUUCUUCGCAAAUAACCAACCCGUAAAAGUGUACACGUUUUUGCCGUGAAACAUUUUAAUAUUUCAUCAGCAUAAUUAUCGCUUAAAUAUUCCCUCAAACUACGGAAAAACACUCGCAAAAUGGUUUUAACCAGUCGAUUCUACAAAGAAAAGUAUCCCGAAAUCGAUGAUGUGGUCAUGGUCAAUGUACGAUCCAUCGCCGAAAUGGGUGCUUACGUGCAUUUGUUGGAAUACAACAAUAUCGAAGGAAUGAUUCUACUCUCCGAAUUGUCCCGUCGUCGUAUCCGGUCAAUAAACAAACUUAUUCGGGUUGGCAAAACAGAACCUGUUGUGGUCAUUCGAGUUGACAAAGAAAAAGGUUACAUAGAUUUAUCCAAGAGACGUGUCUCUACCGAAGAUGUAGUCAAAUGCACUGAACGUUUUGCCAAAGCCAAAGCUGUCAAUUCGAUCCUUCGGCAUGUCGCCGAUAUUCUUGAGUACAACUCGAAUGAAGUAUUCGAAGAGCUGUACCAAAAGACAGCUUGGUAUUUCGAAGAGAAAUACAACAACAAAACCGCAGCCUACGACAUUUUCAAGCAAUCCGUACAAGAGCCAUCGAUUUUGGACGAAUGCGGUUUGGAUGCUAGUACAAAGGAAGUACUAUUACAAAACAUUCAACGCAAGUUGACAUCGCAGGCGGUGAAGAUUCGUGCAGAUAUCGAGUGCUCUUGCUACGGCUACGAAGGAAUUGACGCUGUCAAGGCAGCUCUCAAAUCCGGAUUGGAUGUGUCCACAGAGGAGAUGCCAAUUCGUAUUAAUCUCAUUGCUCCACCAUUGUAUGUCAUGACCACUUCCACAACAGAGAAGACUGACGGUUUAAAAGCUCUGGAAGUGGCUAUCGAAAAUAUUCGGAAGCAAAUAACAGAGAAUGAAGGCGAAUUGAAAGUGAUUAUGCCACCGAAAGUUGUUACAGCGAUGGACGAAGCCGACUUGCAACGUCGUAUGGAACGCGCUGAAGCUGAAAAUGCUGAAGUCGAUGGUGAUGAAGACGAAGAUGGCGAACAAGAGGGAAUGCAUUUCGAGGGUGGUGAAGAUGACGACGAAGAGGGCGGCAGCGGCAGCAAGCAAAAUGAUGAAGCUGACGAAGAAAACGAAAACUGAAGUGUGCUUUUGCUGCUUCGCCAUCAUCGGUUUUUGUAUUAAAAAUCAUUUAAAAUUCAGUUAAAUCUAGAAAAAAAUAUAAAAUAAAGAAAUUACUAUUGAAAAAGAUGUAUAAGCAAGAAAAAGCUGAACAAAAUAGAAUUUUAAAUAAUUUUAUAAAAAUA